AUGCCGCCCAAAAAAGCAGCUGAGGGGCCACCCAAGAAGAAGAAGGAGCCGCCAAAGGAGUUGUGCGGCUGCGGCGUAGACACUUACCGCCCACCGCCGAAGGGAAAGAAGAAGGUGGUGCCCAUCGAACACGCCGCUGGCUGCGUGUACCAGCGCACCACCUGCAACGCCUACCCGCACCUGCAAAAGUGCCCCGUUUGUCUCAAGCCCUGCAAGUACUGCGCCGGCACAAACCGAUGGUGCCCAUACUGCUACGAGAACCGCUGCAUCAACAUUUACAAGCGCAUCGUGCACGGCCACGCGAGAGAAGAGCCGCAGCGAAAGGCAGUAGUAUCCUUUGUUCCCGCGGAUGGGAAUGGCGCGGCACCGGCUGUUCUACCCCGCAGUACGAGGGGCUCUUUCACACGCUGA